ACUUCAAUGCUAGUGAUCUUUGCUUCUUCCAGCAUGCUGGCAUUUGUCUGCCUGUCUAAGUCUAUGGAGGCCAUGGAAGCCCACAGAUGACCUUGGCCAAUUCACACUCUCCCAACUUUAGAGGCAAGCAAAGACAAACUCCUUUGUAGUAAAUCUUACCAAGAAACCUUGUGAUAUGUUUGCUGGAAACUAUGUGAAUACACCCAACAAAAACAACAUCUAUUUUUUAAAAAUUCCAACGCACUCAAUGCCUAGCCUCCAGCAGCUGUGUUUCUCGGGUACAUCCUGCCCUCUGUCUGUGAUGAAUAUUCAUGACAAAGCCUGUCUGGUUUCCAAUGGAGACAGUAAACACACACCAGGAAAGCCUGGACUCUCUUGAGUGUUUUGUUUCAGCUCCGCAAGCAGAAGGAAAGCCAGCCGUAGUACUACCUACGUACAAUAACAGACUCCUGUUACACUUUCAGUGGAUAGUCUGGGAAUUUCUAUAGGGAUGUAGCCAUUAGAAAGCACACAUCUUUGUAGCAUGUCUUUUAGAGACAGAAAUACAAAACAUGACAGAAAGCUGAUAACUUAAGCCUUUCGAUAACUUUCUGGCUUAAAUAGACACAUACUCAAGUUACCACCCCAUGACUUACCUCCAUGCAUUGUACAAACUCAGUGAUCUAACAAAAUGGUGUUGGGCUAACCAGUUUUGCAUGUGAUCCACAUUUAUUCAAGAAAUUGCAGGAUCUCAUCACGCGGUUGGUAGAAAUGUUGCCUGUUAGACACUGGGGCUUUCUUUACACUUCUUGGACAAGAUUUCUGUAUGUAAUCAACCUUAGAUAAAAUGUUGGGCAAGACCAUUAUGAAUUUUUGGAGUCUUGCUAGCUCUUAAUACUGCACAGUGGAGAAAACACGUAGAAGAUGGGGAGCAGAGCAAAUGGACUCAGGAGAAGUACAUCAGCAGGGUACCGAUCACCAGCUCCCAGCCCUGGGAGGGUUUUAACGUCAUCUUCAUCUCCUUCACUGAACAGCAACCAGUCUGCAAAGACCCUUCUUGCCACCACACAGAGCUCGGGAAAACCAUCCAGCAAAAGCCAGGGAGAAGAGAAAGUUGCUCUGGAUCAGGUUCAACAAGACAAGGUUUGGAGAGAGUUUGUGGAGGCUGAAAGAAGGACAACCAGAUAUUGGUAUCAGAACUGGAGUUUUCUAAAGGAUUAUGAUCCAAUGGGCAGGAAAAAGGAGCCUGAACCACUCCCUGAAUACAUGUCAGUCUUUUCAGACAAAAUUCCUAACACCACCAGCCAUAUGGUUGGCAGCAGAAUGAAUACUGAUCUUGGUAAAACCUUGGUAAAAAUGGAUUUCUUCCUCAACUAUGGAAGAAGGAAAAAGAAACUUGACCAGGAACUCCAGGCUUCCUAGAGUUAAAAAGCAACCUUCUUGUUUUAAAAAGAAUAUACUGCUCACUUUGCAAAGGAUAAAACACCGCAAUAUCGGCAAAAUUAUAUUGUUCUCCUCCAAAUGCCAAAUUUGUAGACACUAGCCAAUAAGAGUACAAAUUCUGUCCAAAUAAGUUUUCUAGCAAUUUAAAACUUACUCAAAGUUGGCUCACAUGAUCCUGGAAAGAUGAAUAUGGGUCAGAACUUAAACAAAACAGGACUUCUGACAGGCAUGUGUAGAUGCAAAUGUAGAAUUACCUGCCUUGGUUUAUAUAGAAACCUGAUAGAUCUAUAAUGGAAAAGAUUGUGUUCAAGUGAUUUGUUUAUGGCUAACUUUGCCAUUUAGGUGCUACUAAUGGUAGAGAAGUAACCCUUGCUCGUGAUCUCUUUUUGUGGUUUUUGAUCUCUGAACCAGAUUCAGGACUUUAUCACACGAGGCAGAUAAAUUGAAAUUACACAUGCUAAUAGGACGUUUGCCUUGUAUUUAUCAAAUGACAUUGUGUCUGUCUUGUUUGCAUUUCAAGCACUCCUUUUCAUUGAUGGGGAAAACCCACUGAUGGCUUUUAAUAUUGCUGCUGUUUCAGUAUUGCCCUGGUGUGAUGUGACCCUUUUGCUACAGUUGUGAUUUUUCAGUAAUCUUGUGGUGUGUGUGGACAUUAUCACUGUCUCUUUUUCUCACUAUUCCCAAGCAGAGUGAGGCUGCUUUUACUCAAUUUUGCUUGAUUUUUAAAUGAUUUUCUUUAAUUUAUAAUUAUUUUGAUGUUAUUGCACAAUCACACCAGAAAUAUUUUUAAAACCAAAAGGCACACAUGUGCUGGGUAGAGCAUGCAAAGGCAGAAAGGUAAGGUUAGGAAAGUGAUGCAAAAGAGUGAUCAUGGGUUGUGCAUUGCUUGAGCAGAAUCAUAGCACAAGUGCAAAGCAAUGGGAUCGUGAUGGUUUUAAUACGGGUAAUUUUGCUUUUUCUUCAACAGCAUGAUUACUGUGAAGCAAAUGCACGUGUGACAAAGUCCUCAGACUGGAUGGCCCUUUGUCUAGAAGGCAGGCUCGGAUGUCACAUGGCCAUCCAAGUUCCUAUUAACACCUGUACACAUUUUGGAUUAAAUGUUUUGACAGUAAACAGAGAAAUGUGUAUUAGAAGGAACUAGGAUGGCCAUGUGACAUCCAAGCCUGCUUUCUGGACAAAGGGCCAUCCAUUCUGAGGACCUUGCCACAUCAACUUUGCUUCACAGCAUCACAUCUUCAAAACUUGUUCAGCACAGCUUAUGUCAAAUGAUGAGGUCCAACAUUACUGAAUCCAUAGUACUUUAGUAGUUGAAUCCACCAACAUUCAGGUUGAGUUUGAUCACCUGCCGACCACACAGUGGCCAUCCUUGGAAAUUACACCGCUUGUUUCAUUAAAUGGGCCCAUGGCAGCUUUCAGAAUGAUACAGUGACCUAUAAAAGGAGAUGCAGAUAAAAAAUAUUAUUUGAUUAAAGGUUACAGUGGGCUUCGGAUCUAACCUUGUGUUCGGCAGAAGCCAUUGCAGGGAACAGAAUGCAAGGAUGAAUCCCCGAGGGAAUGCUGCUGGCAAGGAGACUGACUGGUGACUUCUUCAACAGAUUGAGCUGCCAUAUGUUGCUACUGCCAUUUGCUAUGCUUUAUAAGAAGAUUGCUUAAGGGUGUGGAAACAUGACGAUGCAAUAACCACAACAUAAAACUGGAGUGUGAUAGAGAACUGGA